ACGCUCGAUGAUCGGUCAGGAUGACCUGAGGCGCCUGACCCGGUCCUGCAGGCUUACGCUGGAUCGGAAAGGAAGUGAAGUACGGUCCCUUCCAAGCCGAGCGUGCCAGCCUGACACCGCUCGACUGCAUCGUCGUCACCUGAUGCUCCUCCCUCGAAGAUCAGCUCAGCUCGAAGCACGAAGCUCGAAAGUUUGUCGCGAGGCAGUGGGCAAGCUUGCAAGCGGCGACCGCACCGCUGUCUGGCACAGAGCGAUGGAACAGCCACGAAGGAAAUCAAUCUAUGAUCAGCCUUCGGGCACGAUAGAACUCGAAGAGCGACCCGUCACCGCCUUGCAGAGAAACGUCGGCGUCGCUCGACAACACCUCCAGUCUUUCUAUGCCCAGACGGUACAAGCGAGCAACAAGACCGUCGAUAGCUUGCUAAGCGCAGAAAACCAACUCGCUAAGGAAGCAAAGGCGAUAAGAGCACCCAAUGAACCCCUCACACCUCACUUGCUAUAUGUGGGCAUUGCCGCCUUGACGGGCUCCAUCCUCACGCGCAACCGUAACAUACUGCUCAGACUGACAAUCCCACCGCUCUUCCUCUUCGGCAGCGCGUCCUAUCUCCUCCCUGCCACCACCCAGAACCUCGUCAACCGGGUCUCCGAGCUAGAACACCGUCACGCGCCCGGUUUUGCUCGCUCGCAAGAUGCAGCAUUUGGUCAGGCCAGGCAAUCGCUCGGCUGGGCACAGAGCAGGAUAGAAAAGACCGCAAGCGACGCAAAGAAGCGCAUCGAGUAUGGCUCCCAAAAAGCUGAAGAACUGUCUGGCCUCAAAUUUACCUCGGCGCUUGACAAGACCGAGGCCCGGCUGGAGCAGUACAAGGAUCGAGCAAUUGCCAAAGGUAAAGAGAUCAAGCGAGAUGCAGAGGCCAAGGAGGUCCAGAUCAAGUCUCUCUAAGCAACGAUUGGGGAUAGACGCAAUGCAUGCUGUCGCGACCGCUUGUCGGGAUGCAUGAGCGUACUGCUACCUACCUGU